UAGGCUGAUAGGGAUCCAUUUUGCAGAGGAUAUCCAUAACAAAAUGUCUGACACAGAAGAAGUCAUGGACGAGGAAGUUCAGGAGGAAGAAGCGCAUGAAGAGGCGACAGAUGGGUCAAAGCCCAAGCCCAAGUUCAUGCAAAAUAUCACUGUCCCAAAGAUCCCCGACGGUGAUAAAGUGGAUUUUGAUGACAUGCACAGGAAGCGACAGGAGAAGGAUCUGUCUGAGCUGCAGUCUCUGAUCGAGACUCACUUCAUCCAGAGGAAGAAAGAGGAGGAGGACCUCCUUUCCCUUGUUAACAGAAUCGAGAAACGUCGCGCUGAGAGAGCAGAGCAGCAGAGGGUCCGGUCAGAAAGAGAGAAGGAGAGGCAGGCCAGACUUGCGGAGGAAAAAGAGCAGAGGGAAAUGGAGGAGCAUCGUAAGAAGCACGAUGAUGACGCCAAGAAGAAGAAAGCCCUCUCAAACAUGACCCACCAGUACAGUGCUGGACAGAAGGGUGAGACCAGAAAAGGAGGCAAGAAACAAACUGAGAGGGAGAAGAAGAAGAAGAUCCUGGCUGACCGCAGGAAGCCCAUAAACAUCGAUCAUCUGAAUGAGGAGAAACUCAAGGAGAAGGCCAACGAGAUGUGGCAGUGGCUGAUGGGGCUGGAGGCUGAGAAGUUUGAUCUCGGUGAAAAGCUCAAAAGACAGAAGUACGAUAUUAACCAGCUUCUUGCUCGAGUCCAGGAUCACCAGAAUGCCAAAGGACGAGGCAAGGGCAAGAUGGGCGGCCGGCUGAGGUAAAGGAGCAGCGCGAGGAGGACGAAGCAGACCUUGACACCAGUGACUGGCCUACGUGUCUAUUAUGCGUGUAUUCACUGUUCUGUUGUGUUGUGU